AUGGCUGCACUAGUGGGAACGUCAGUGAAUAGACCGACGAACAUCAAGCGCCGGGAUGACAACAUCGAGUCCAAGCUCCAGCUCUACGGCAUCUACAGCGCCUUCAAGGCCGGAAAGGUUCCUUCGAACGAACAAGUCGAUGUUGCCUUGAACAGCUUCCUCGAGUCCAAGGCUCUCAAGUCUCCUUCUGGCAGGCUUUCCGCAGAAGGACAGUCUCUGGUUGCUGAUACUCGCGAGGUCGUCAGACUCGCCAAGUAUCUCUUCCUUUCCAAGAAUGAGGGCAAUAUUCUCCAGGACUUCAUCUGGGAGUCCGAGCAGUUCAGGCCCACGGGCAUAGAGGGCCCGCACGCCCCAGUCGAUAAAGCAACCGCCAAGAAACACGGGGAUCAGGCCGUUCAGGGCUUGCGAAAUCUCGGCACCCUCAUCAUCACUAAUGGCCAGUUCCGCAAGCUGCUCAAGGACUUCACCGUCCUCUUCCGAGACAUGGCUGGCGAUGCGGCCACCAACGUUGCCGGCCUUGUCCGACCAACUGAGGAAGAGCUCAGCCAGAUUGAUAAACCUGCUGAAGACAACACCUGGUAUGAGAAGCCCGAAUUCUCCAAGGGGAAAUUCUCCAGGGAGAGUAUGAGGGAGAGACUCAAAGGUGUCUACCGUGGAAAGCCUAAGGAAGACGUUCAAGGAGCCGCCAAACCCUCCGACAAAACCAAGGGUGGGCCCCGCCUUUCUACCCGAGAUAAGUUGAAGCAGAAGUACGAGGAGAGGGUCAGCGAGAAGGAUCGCGAGAAGUUCAGGCAGCGCAAUGAGGACUACCGCCGUCGCCUCCGGGCGUACUACCACGAGAAGAUGCCCGAGGAGCGCAAGAAGCAGACUAUUUGGCGACUUAAGAAGAUGAUCCUAGAGUGCCAGCAUCAUCCCGACUACUCUCGUUCUGUCGAGACUCUCCUGGAUCUCGCCGAGGAAUACGGCCGUUACGGCCGCUCCAUGUCGGAGGGCGGAACCGGUACACUUCAGCAGACCCGGUCGCGACUCCAGAAGGCACAGGACGACCUCAAGACCAUCAUUGAGCGAUUUGCCAACGGCACCUCCACCGAUCCUCUGUGGGAUUCUGUUGAUAGUCUCUUCGAGGCCUCUCGCCAUGACGAGGAGCUUCGAGGCUGGUUCAAGAACAUGGACAGCUACAUCCGACGCUGCCUCUUGGAGGAGGGCUAUAUUGUCGAGGACGCUUCCAAUCGCGACUGGGACGAGCUCUAUGAACGGGGUCGCUAUCUCUUCCGUGACAAGUACCGCACCAACACCGAUCGCAUCAUCGACGAGACCCGGUUCGUCUCGGAGCAGUUUGACAAGGACCCUCAGAACAAAGAAUUUGGCCUCGCCGUUCAGCGUCUUUUCCAGCAUCUCGGCAACGAUGAGACCGGAAAACUGGUGUUCAAGCCCCAUCUCGUCAAGGACCUAACCGGCGUCAUCAUCCCUGCCGCCAUCGAGUCUAUCGAAUACGUCCCCAUCCCCCGAAUCGAGUACUCGGAUCCCAUGAUUGACGCCGUCGUCGAAAACCUCAUCGUCGAGGCGGACAACAUCUUCCCCAACCUCGUCGAAGUCAAGAGCAGUCACUACUUCAAGAUGGGCCGAAAGAAGAUUCCCAACGACCAGCACCAGGUAUUUGACGUCCGCGUCGGCGGUAUCCAGAUGGAUCUCCGUGACGUCAACUAUUACAUCCACAAGAAGCAGGGAUUCCCCGCGAUCCAGGAUACCGGCAUCGUCAAUGUGUUCCUCGGCGGCAGUGGUCUUACUUCGGAGAUCCGGGUUUCCACUGCCGAAAGGCAUGACAUGCAGAGGUUCUUCAAGGUCGAAAAAGUUGACGUCGACAUCAGAAAUCUGAAGAUUAAGCUUGUCAAGUCCAAGUUCAAGGUGGUCUUUGCACUUCUCCAACCUAUCCUCGUCAGGGUCAUGCGACCCGUCAUCCAGAAGAUUGUCGAAAAGCAUAUCAAGGAGCAAUUCAACAAGUGGGACGCUAUCCUGUACGACAUCCAGCAGGACGCUAGGCACACUCUCGAAGAUGAGCGCGCCCGCGCCGCGACCGAGGCAGGCUUUAAGAGGUCUACCAUAUACAACCGCUACUACAGCUCUGCUAAAAAAUACAGGGAGCACCGGAAGGAGGAGGCUCGUCUGAGGGCGAGGGAGCGCGAGCCUAUCCCCAGGAAGGUUAACAUUGCCUAUACGAUGCACGACAGCAUCUUCCCCGACGUCAAACUCCCGGGCGCUACUAGCGAGCGAGCCACCAAGUACAAGGACAUGUCUAUGGAGGGCGAAGCCUGGGAGAGUCCUGUCUUCUCGAUUGGCCAUGCCAGCCACAGCAGGGACAUUCCCCGCGCUCCGAAGAUCGACAAGAAGCUGGGACAGAGGAAGACAUUUGAAGAGUCUAGGAGGAAGGAGAGGCAGAGGGCGAGCCAGGCCAAGAUGGAGGCUCAGCAGCAGGCCCAAGCCCAGAAGACUGGAAACGUCGUCUACAGCCAGCAGCAGGGUACCGGCGCCGGCGACACCUACGUCCAGCAAGGUCAGGGUAACAUCGGCCAACAGCAGGGCACCGGAACCACAUCCACCACGUACACCAACGAAACUGGCAUCGACGGCGGCGGCUACCAGAAACCGGUGGGCACUGCUCCCAUCGGCAGCAGCAGCACCUACUCCGGACCCACGGUCGGAAGCGGCGGCGGCGGCGGCGGCGUUGCAGGCGCAGGCACAGGCGCAGGCACGGGUCACACCGGCAAUGGUGGCGGUGUUACUGGCGGCAUUGGAUACGUGCAGCAGAAGCAGGGCGGUGAGUUUGCCACCACAACUGGUCUAAAGACCGAACCCGACCCCACCGGCAAGCAGGGGCAGCAGGGAAGCCUCGGAGCCAGCCAGUUUGAGAACGGAAACCCCGCGGCUGUCCGCCAAACGGCCGAGUUCCCCGGCACGGGCGGGACUACCGCUCCCCUUGUCAAUCCCGAGACUAGCCGCAUUUCCUAA